UUCGUCAAAUGUUUGGUCCGAAAGAGGAUAGUUUUAUAAAUUUCGAGAGUGACAAAUAUUUUAAUGUAAUAGAUUGGGAUAGAUUCGAACCGGCUGAACCACCAUGCUUGCAGUUCUUCGCGAAAGAUCACCUCGAAGCAUUACAAUAUUCCAAUGAAAUAAUUGAAUUACCAGCAUAUCCUUGUCAUUCCCAAAAUACCGAGCGAUUUGUUCAUACAGUUCAUGAAUCUGCAAUGGCGGUCACCGAAGAACAACGCAUGGGCCACAUUUUAUCUAAGCUCGAGAGCCGGCAGAAAUACAGCAAGCUUGAAUCCCGACAAAAUUUUGUGGACUAAAAUUUCCGUUACAAGACAAACAAUUCACUAACUGUUUCGCGAGCGAGGAAAAUAAAUAAAAUUUACUUUUUCUUGUAUGGCUUUAGA